UUUACAAAUAUCGUGAUCGAUAUGUAUGUAAGAGUCGGAAUGAAUAAAAAUAGUUUUUAUCUCAUUCCUUCGUCGAGACGAGAAAGUAAAGAGCGUUUUAGUUUUGACUGGUGCAGUAGUUUGCUACGCGAGAUUUUAACGUGUUUUCUUAGUUCUAUCAGAUGAUUGAAUGGAGUCAUAUCGAUAAGAGUAACUCGAUCGUAUCAUUGCGUAAUUUCUAGUUAUAUAUCUGAUUAAAUAAUCUUUUACAUCUAAACUUUGCUACCCAGAGUUUACUUCAAGUCCAGAUUAACUAUGAAAAUCGUCCUUCUUUCAUCCUUAAUGCUUUUGACAAUUAAUGUGAUUCAAUGUGUAAGCUUGAAUAGUUUAGAUGAUAUGGAAUUGCUGACAAAAUUAACGAUAGCAAAAUAUUAUCCCGAAUUCCUAUCGAAUAAUAACGAGACUGGACUGUUUAAUUUGAAAGAUUUACAGUCUGUCCUCGACAAAUUAAUUUUCACUUUAAGAAAUCUGGAUGUUCAUGCCGAACAAAUGAAUUGUUCCCUUCAGGACAGUAAUGCCAAAGAUAUUUGUAACCGAAUAAUGACAUCCAAGUGUAUGUCAACAAAAGAUCUAACAUCAUUAUUACAUGAAACAGAAACUACUACUAUUACAUCAGCUGUGACUAAACUUUGUCCUGUAUUACUUUUUCAAUUACAUGAAAAAUCAUGUCGUUUACAAGAAAAAAUAGAAAGUAAUAAAAUUAGACCAAGUACUGCUGCAGUAUGGGGAUUUGGUAUUUUAUUUGUUACCAUCAUCAGUUGCUGCUCAUUAGUAGGUGUAGUGCUGCUUCCCCUCAUAAACAAAAAUGCUUACCAAACAGUUUUGAUGGUGUUUGAAGGAUUAGCAGUUGGAAGUUUGGUUAGCAGUGCAAUUUUUCACUUAAUACCUCAGGUGGAAAGUCAUAAGAAAACUGGAAGUCUGUCAUGGUUUGUAUUGAAAGGCUUGAAUGCCAAUCUAGAUACAAAAAAUUCAAGACAAGAAAGAAAAGAUUCUUCACCUGUAGUCUGUACAAAUAUUACAACAGUGAAUGGAAUAAUUAGUUCUCUGAAUGAUAGCAAUUCCAAUUGUACUAAGGGGAAGAACUCAUUAAAUGAAAUAAUAUCUGAGAAUGAUUUAUGGACAGAUGAUCAAGUGAAACAAUUAACUUCAUCCUCAGAUCAAGUACAUUCCAGUGUGCAUCAUCAUAAUCAUGAAAUUACUUUUGUGCAAGGUCAAGAUAGUGCUAUUGGAACAGUUGCUUGGAUGAUUAUAUUUGGAGAUGGGCUUCAUAAUUUUAUUGACGGAUUAUCUAUUGGGGCAGCAUUUUCAGAAAGUAUACUCUCAGGAAUUAGUAUUUCAGUGGCUGUUCUCUGUGAAGAAUUUCCACAUGAAUUAGGCGACUUUGCUGUUUUAUUGGGUGCUGGUAUGACUAUGAGACAAGCUUUAAUGUAUAACUUUAUAUCAGCAUGUACAUGUUAUUUAGGAUUAGUAUUUGGGAUACUACUAGGUGAUUUAGCUGAAGGAAGUCACUACAUAUUUGCUUUUGCAGGAGGAAUGUUCAUUUACAUAUCUUUAGUAGGAAUGAUGAAUGAACUCAAUGAUGCUCUAGAUGCAGCACAAAACGAAGGAAUAAAAAAGACACUGAAAGUUUUUCUAUUACAAAAUAUUGGCAUUAUAAUUGGUGUAAUAGUAUUAUUUGUUAUGGCUCGGUAUAGUGAAAACAUUAAUUUUGACAUUGGAUCUGAAAACACGACGACAGAAAAAUUAAGCGAAGUACUAAAGGCAAUGGGAGAUGAUCAUUACAAUAUGAGAGUAUUUUAUCAGAUGUGAGUGAAAUUUACUUAAAGGCAGGUUUUUCUAUCGUUGAAUCCUCUUCAUGUGCAUUGAAGUUUUAACAAUGUUUAAUAUAUAUAUAUAUAACUAUAUAUUUAUAUAUUAUUGAAAGUGUUAUUUUAUGCUAUUAAAUAUUUAUAUAUUCCUUACUGUAAUGGACAUCCUGAAGUAUAUAAUAUGAAUCUAAAUAUCUGACAACUUAUUAAACUCAGGUGAUGUUUUUAAUAAUAAUGUGAAAUCUAAGAAGCAGUAUUAAGUUUCAGUCUGUUUGUAAAACUUAAUAAAUGUACAGGAUGUA